AUGACUGAUCUGCCUAGUCCGGACACUCAUCCGGUAAUUGUGGCCAGAUAUAUGCUCAUGUUCGCAAUCACUUUACAGAGCCCGACCGGUGAGAAGUUGCAUGGUCUUUCUGAGCCGAACAGCGUCAUUAUGCAUCGCUUGAUGAUAGCUGCCACGACAUGGGUAACCACCAACCAAGACCUUCACGGGAGUGUUGAGAGUCUGAUUUGCAUUAUGCUAGAAGGUAUUUAUGAAAUAAACUGUGGCAAUCUCCGACGAGCUUGGGGUGUUUACCGCAGGGCGAUGACCGUAGCGCAGUUGAUGGGCCUUCACCGCUCGCCAAUACCAGCAUUGAAACGCAUCGAGCCGAGAGAUAAUGUUGACCCUGAAUUCAUGUGGUUUCGGAUUGUCUAUAUGGACCGCUAUCUCAGUUUACUGCUCGGUUUACCCCAGGCGUCAUCAGCUAGGAGUAUAGGAGACGUGUCGAUUCUGCAAGAUGAACCACCCUUGGGCAAAUUCGAGCGACGACUUACAGCCGUUGCAUCCCGUAUCUUGGAGCGUAAUGAAAGCACUUUUUCCACCAGUACAAUUAUAACGACACAAUCCAUCGACGCCGAAUUAUUGAAUAUAUCUAAAAUUAUGCCAUCAAGCUUUUGGCGCCCAGCAAAUUUCUAUGGAUUUACACCCGGAUCGCCGGAAGCCCUGUUGGAGAUAUUGCGCCUAGCAGCCCAGGUCUACUACUACGGCAUAUUAAUUCAGCUGCAUUUACCGUAUAUGAUGCACGGAAUUAGCGAUAACAGCGAGCACGAGUACUCCAAGAUCACCUGUGUCAAUGCUAGCCGGGAGAGCCUGGUACGCUUCAUUGCGCAUCGAACAUUUAACCCCAUGUCAUCCUGCUCACGACCAGUGGACUUCUUUGCUCUCUUAGCAGCAAUGACCCUUCUUCUUGCCCAUAUCGACGCUCAUCAUCACGCUCAUCAUCACCAAGAGGCGACUAAUUACCUAGUUCACCAGCGCUUGAGUGACCGUGCCUUGUUAGAUCAAACCUUGGAGAGGAUGGAAGUAAUCAGCGAGCUCAACAAAGAUGCGAUAACCGAUAAGAGUGCUAAGUUUCUUCGACGCUUACUGAAUAUUGAGGCAGACGCAGCUGAUGGUGGCAGGUAUAGUGCUAGAAGCGUAAGAGAACAUGGCGAGGAUUUGGCGGAUGGAAGCAUUGGGAAAGAAGGCGAAGAGGUUCGUUUGAGUAUACCGUAUCUCGGAAUCAUCAAGAUUGCGCGCGAGGGCCCAGUGUCUCGUCUCUCAGUCGAAGAUAAGAUAUUUCGGCCGCAUCAAGCUCCACAUAGAGACCCAGCAGUUGCCGAACCCAAUGAUGCACCUGAGGAUCUACCGCAUGUGUCGCCAAUAGAUGAACAACAGACAAUCUACCAAAGGAAUAAUAAGUUGCAAAAUUUUACCUUCUCGGAAAUGCUACCAAUAUCAGAAUGGCCGAAUCGGCAGGKACAAGAACCUGGCUAUGAUGAGCAGUCCCUGCUGGAUAACCUUAGCCAUAACCCUGACCGAGAAGGUGUGCAGCCACAUGCGGAAAUUCCUACCAUAACUAGCGAUAUAGAUGAUUGGGCGUUCGAGGGGGUUGACAUGGCUUUCUUCGACAGCUUAAUGCGGGGGACUUCGUUCGUGGAGACUGCCGAGUCGGAGCAAGGAAUUGGUGGGUAA